ACCGUCAGCUAAAUCCACACUGCCACAAUUUUCUCAUUCUCUCCACUCACAGUACACCUUUCUCUCUCACUCCUCCAUUUUUGAAGCUCUCAACAAUGGCGUCUGAUCUUCUCAUCAAGAUCAUCAUCUUCUUCCUCACAAUCUUCACCUCUUUCUCAUCGCUAGUUUCCUCCAUUGAUCCUACCUUAAGCUCAUCCACCUUCACAUUAGAAUCAUCAUCAUCUUCUUCCACUUUACCUCCACCAUCUUCAACCACUCCUCCACCUCCAAUAGAUUUCUCCUCUUCUGAAGCUCUGAAAUCACCACAUUUUCUCUCUCCUCUCGCAUCGGUGUCUCAAAUCCUCAGCGAACUCGGUUUCCACGACCUCGCAAUGGCGUCGCACUCUCUUUCUCUCUCCUCUGCUGCGCACCACCCCUGGCUCGGUCCAGUCACCAUUUUUGCACCGGCUGAUUCGUCGGUGAGAAGCUGUCCUUCGUGUUCGCUCGCACUCUUGCUUCAGGAACACACUGUUCCAGGACUGUAUCCUGUAGAUUACCUCAAUCGCUUGAUUUUCGGCACGAAAAUCGAGACGAUUCUUCCAGGUCGGUGUUUAACCGUGACUUCAGCCUCAAACGCCUCAAAAAUCUUCAUCGGAGGCGCGGAAAUCACUCGUUCAGACCUUUACAUCGGUGAUCGCCUCAUCAUCCAUGGCCUCCAAGGCUUCAUCUCUCAUGUCUCGCCUUACUCCUGCUCUAUUGACAAGAUGACGUCACUGACUCUACCUCAUCUUUCUCCUUCCAUCGCGCUGACUCGCAUGAUGCUCGCCGAUGCGAUGAUUCGACUCAGAACGAGCGGUUACAGUAUCCUCGCUCUUGCAAUGCGUGUCAAGUACGCCGAACUCGUCGCUCUUCAGAACAUGACGAUCUUCGCCGUCGAUGAUUCAUCGAUCUUCCAUGGAGGUCACGCGUAUGUUCACAGCGUGAGAUUUCACAUUGUUCCGAAUCGCAUUUUGAAGCUUGCUGAUCUAGAGAAUCUUCCGCCAUCGACGAUUCUUCCGACGCUAGAACUCGGUGAAUCUCUCACUGUCACCACUGCUGGAGGUGGAGGUGUUUUGUCUCCGAUGAGGAUUAAUUACGUCAAAAUCAAGUAUCCUAACCUUAUCUACAAUCUUAAGCUUGUUGUUCAUGGACUUGCUUCUCCAUUUCCUCAUCUCCGUCAAUCAGUUGCUGUUUCUGGACGAUCAGGAUUCUAUCCGUAUAAUUCUGGUGAGUUUGGUGCUGAUCAUGAGUCUAGAGAGUCCAGUAAUGCUGGUAAUUUGCGUCAAACUACUGAGACUACUGUUGCUCCUUCCCCUGUGAUGAAAUCAAUGGUUGAGAUGGAUGAUGUUCAUCAAGGACUUUGAUCUUCUUCAGUUAGUGAUGAGCUGGUUGUGAAAUUUUACUACUGUCAUUUCUGUUAGUUUGUUAAGUCUUGCUUUUGAAUAAGUUUGCUGGUAGUCUCCUACUGUUGGUUGAUUUAGCCUCUUUUUAGUAGUCUUACUAUUUUUGUUUUGUUUUAGUGAAAUCAUGAUGAGUGUAGAGAGUUUGUAAUCGAAUUCGGUUGUAGAAAUCGAUCUUCACGUACUAAUGAAGAGUUAUGAUCUAGCAGAACUAAAUUGUCUUAUUGCUCUCUUUA